AUGCGGGUUCCGGAAAAGGCGCCAGAAGAUGGGAUAAGGGUCUAUACCCCGGCAGUCAACGACACUGGUGAAGGUUUCAGUCUGGGUAAGAAGCAGAAAUACGUGAUAAUAACACCACUUCAAGAAUCAUGGCUUGCCUACGGAGCUCGUACCAUCUGCAUGGACGACACAUUCAAUUUGACAUCGUAUUGCCUGAGGCUGGCAACGGUCAUUAUCGUGGACGAGUGGGAUAGGGGGUUACCUGCUGCCUACCUCCUAUCCAAUCGAAUGACCGAAGAUGAGGUGGCGUCCCUGUUCAAAGAAGUGAAGACCUUGCUACCUUGCUUUGACACAGAGUAUUUUAUGAGCGACGACUGCAAUUCCUUCUACAACGGUUUCGUUAAGGUGUUCCCGCAGUCAAGGGCGCAGAAACUGCUGUGUUCAUUCCACGUUAUUCAGAAGAUCGCAGGAUCAUGGUAA